AUGCUUGAGAUGAUAGGUGUAUUGGGUCCAUUUUAUGAAUUUACUCAGAUUUUGGGUGCCAGUGAUUAUGUUACCAUUAGCCUUGUGUAUCCUUUGAUAAAUACAUUGAAGGAAGAAUGCAAAAACACAACAAAUAAUGUUUAUGAUUAUGAGGUGGAUUUUGAGUCAACUGAUGAUGUUUUUGAUGAUGUUGAUGUUGUGUAUGAAGAAGAAGAUGAGGAAAAUGAUAAUGUUGGUAAAAUUGCAGAAGAAUUAUUAGGUUGUGUACUUGACCCAAGAACAAAAAAAAUCAAAUUUUCAUCUCAAACUAUACAAGAACAAACAUUUACACUUUUAAAAACUAAAUUUAUGGAAUUUUCUCAAAUUGAAUCACAAAUAUCUACUGACAAUUCUAUACCAAAAAAAAUUAUUAAAUCAAAUAAAAUAUAUAAACCAACAUUAUUGGAAUCUACUUUUGAUAGUCAAGGAAAAUCUGCAUUAGGUGAAUGA